CUGGUCUGAACUUAACUGAACAAAGUCACAAUGGGCAAGAUUAUCUUCUAUGAAGACAGAAACUUCCAGGGCCGUAACUAUGAGUGCAGCAGCGACUGCCCUGAGAUGCAAAGCUUCUUUAGCCGCUGCAACUCCAUAAAGGUCGACAGCGGCUGUUGGGUGGCCUACGAGAAGCCCAACUACUCUGGCUACCAGUACAUGCUGCACAAGGGAGAGUAUCCCGACUACCAGCGUUGGGCCGGGUUCAAUGACUGCAUCCGCUCAUGCCGUAUGGUGCCUCCUUACAAGGGCAACUACAGGAUGAAGAUCUUUGAGCGUUCUGACUUUGCCGGACAAAAUCUAGAGCUGGUGGAAGACUGCCCAGAUCUCAACGAGCGCUUCCACACCCGUGACAUCUCCUCUGUCAAUGUCAUGGAGGGCUACUGGAUGCUGCAUGAACACACCAACUACAGGGGGCGCCAGUACUUCUUGCGUCCAGGAGAGUACAGAAGGCACAGCGAGUGGGGAAGCACCAGCGCUACCUUCGGCUCUCUGAGACGUGUCACAGAGCUCAACUGAUUUAUAGUUCAUUUUUCUUUUUUUACCCUCUCUGAGCCCCACUCUUUAACCCUUCCCCUUUUGUUUCUCAGGUGCCAGCUCUGUUGGAGCGUGGUCUCAGCUGUGUGGUCUACAAACCUGCAGUCAAACACUUUAAUGAUGGAGAUUUGAUCUAUCUGAGGUGGCCUUUUGGCUUUGCUUGGUCGCUUUACAUUGAAGUUGUUCUCCAACUCAGUGCUCAAACAAAGCUCACACAGAAUAUUAAUCUUUUUCCCUUUGGUUGUCCCAUCAAGAAAAAGAUUUUGCCCGCAGGUCCUGAACCUUCUGUCCUACUGAAAUCACAAUAAAUGAAAACUUAAUGAAAAUCAA